AUGGUCUUUUACAACCUCGCCUUCUUCCGUGGAGACCACUGGGAUAGCGGCGGCGGCCGAGACAAUCGCUACUUGAUCAUAGCAGCCAACCGCGGAGUGGCCGAUUAUCUCUUUCGUCUCCUCCAAGAACGGUCAGACCCUGUCAAUCGCAAAGCCGACUUCCAUGAGCUCAAACGCAUGUCGCCGCAGAUGUGGUCGUGGUGCGGCGAAAGUGACCGGGCGCUGUACAACUUCAUCGAGAACGUCAAUCUCGGCAAAGCCAAUCUUCCGCACGACGUGUCCAGGCGGAUCCGAGGGCAGGUGUUCUUCCAGGGCCUCGGUAACUGGGACAACUCGGCCAGAAUCUAUCCUAUCCUGCCCGAUCUCGAUGUGGCCGACCACAUCCACGGCAAGAUCUUCUGCAUCCGGAACAAGCGCGUUCCCCAGCGAUUCUGGUCCAGCGAUACCAAGGGUGCGAUUGUGAUCUCGACCAUCAAGCGGGCCAAGUUUCGAAUUGAAAUCAAAGGAAAGCCCAACGUCGAAAAUCCGCUCAUGGUGCCCUGGGAUGACGUCCAGCUCAAGCUCAUGAGACAGGCCAGUGACCAGGACCAGGCGCACGGAGAGUACCCGAUUACGAUGAAGGAUGAUGGGUCCUUGGCGGCUAAGACUGGAUAUGUUCGCAAUCCUUUCUACUUCAAACUGGGAGAUCUAUUCACUGGCCGAUUUGGGAUUGCGGUGCAGGAAAAGGAAGGCGCGAAAGAGUCGAACGAGCAGGAGACCCUGGUUCCUGUCGUUUGUGACGAACUGUUUGAAGGAGGCGAGGUGUGGGAGCUGUGUUAG